AUGUCGACAGACUGACGUCACUUCGCUAAACAUCGUCAUUCGUCCAUGUAUUGUGAAAGUUUCUCAAAAUUUGGAUGAAUUUGACUGGCUUCUAACUUUCCCAUCGCGCGUGAGUACUUUUCUGAACGGCAAUGGAUUCGGACGAGGAAAAUCUCUACGAUGAUGUCGAUUCGGGAAACGAAUCAAGCGGGGACGAUGUGGACUUUGCGAUGGAAGAUGAGCAGGGCAAUUCGCACAAAGAGAGACCCACCGAGGUCGAGGAAUACCCUUUUGAAGUUUUGUCCACUGAAGAGAUCGUGCAGCACAUGGUUGACUGCAUUAAAGACGUCAACACGGUUGUUGAGAUCCCUGCAACGAUCACCAGAAUCCUUCUCAACCACUUCCGGUGGGACAAAGAAAAGCUGAUGGAAAAGUAUUAUGACAGCCAAGACCAGGAUCAGCUCUUCUCAGAGGCCAGAGUUGUGAGCCCCUUUAGAAAAUUAGGAACAACUGCUAAAGUGAAGCCGGCAACACGGAGAGCUUCAACGUCAGCUGCCGAAGAGUGCGAAAUUUGUUUCAAAACUUUGCAAAAUGAGCUGAUGACGGGCUUAGAAUGCGGACAUAGAUUCUGCGUGCAGUGCUGGGGCGAGUAUUUGACAACCAAAAUCAUGGAGGAGGGAGUGGGGCAGACAAUUGCCUGUGCUGCCCAUGGCUGUGACAUUCUUGUGGACGACGCCACAGUGAUGCGCCUCGUCCGAGACUCCAAAGUACGGCUCAAGUACCAGCAUCUCAUCACCAACAGCUUUGUUGAGUGCAAUCGACUGCUGAGGUGGUGUCCUUCCCCGGAUUGCAACAAUGCCAUCAAAGUGACACACGUUGAGUGCCGGCCAGUAACUUGCAAGUGCAACCACACUUUCUGCUUUGCUUGUGGGGAGAACUGGCAUGACCCCGUCAAGUGCAGUCUGUUGAGGAAGUGGAUCAAAAAGUGUGAUGAUGACUCCGAAACUUCAAACUGGAUUGCCGCCAACACCAAGGAAUGCCCUAAAUGCCAAGUGACCAUCGAGAAGGACGGUGGCUGCAAUCACAUGGUGUGCAAGAACCAGUCGUGCAAGGCUGACUUUUGUUGGGUUUGCCUCGGCCCUUGGGACCCUCAUGGCUCCUCAUGGUAUAACUGCAACCGUUACGAUGAGGAAGAAGCCAAAGCAGCCCGCGAUGCUCAGGAGAAGUCUAGGUCUGCACUGCAACGCUACUUGUUCUACUGCAAUCGGUACAUGAACCAUAUGCAGUCUCUCAAGUUCGAGAGCAAGUUGUAUGCCUCGAUCAAAGAGAAAAUGGAGGAGAUGCAGCAGCACAACAUGUCCUGGAUUGAAGUACAGUUCCUGAAAAAGGCCGUUGAUAUCUUGUGCCAGUGCAGGCAGACGCUCAUGUACACAUACGUCUUUGCCUACUACCUGAAGAAAAACAAUCAAUCUGUGAUUUUUGAGGAUAACCAGCGCGACUUGGAAAGCGCCACUGAAACGUUAUCCGAGUAUUUGGAGAGAGACAUAACUCAAGAAAAUAUGGCUGACAUUAAACAGAAGGUCCAGGACAAGUACAGAUAUUGCGACAGUCGUCGCAAGGUGCUUUUGGAGCAUGUCCACGAAGGAUAUGAGAAGGAUUGGUGGUUGUACAAUGAAUGAUGAGGUCCAGACAGUGAAGCAAACGAACACUCAUUAAGUUAAGACCAGCAUUAAAAAAGAGAAACGCGCAGGGUUAAGUGGGUAUCACUGUUAUUGUUUGCUACCGUUUGGCUUCCCUGUUUUUAUCGACUUAAUUCUUCCUGGUUGGAUGCAUUAGACAAACAUGUCCAUAUAUUAUGUAUGAUGUUUUUUACAAAAAGAGAUUCUUCCCUGAUGAUUUUCCCAACAGCAGAAGAAAUUAAAAUCACCGUGUAAUAAUCAUUUUAGAAAAACUAAUUUUAGUGGAAAAAUCAGCAGUGGUAGUAAAUUCGGAGCAACGCCUCUUUUUUUUCAUUAAUUCUUUCAAUGUAUUUUGGCUAAAAUGUUAGAAUUAUAGGAUCCUUAAAGUAGUCCUCUAAAUCUGGAUAAAUUUGUUAUUUUGUUAAUUGAAGAGUCUGUAUUGUUUAGUUAAUUCCAGAUAAUUCUUGCAAAAUCAUAAUCAGUGAUUAUGUACUCUCUAAAUUUAACGCAGUAAAAUAUUUUAUUGAUAUUUCAA